UUUGACUGCCUUAUUUCAUGUAGUCUUGUUGUGGUCGACAGAUGAGGGGGAAUGACAUGUCCUUUAUUUACUUAAAGUGAGUUAAACCUGUUCUUCAAGUCCCUGUUGAUAUAUAAACCCUGGUUGCUUAUUAGCAGUGUCCAGAUUACUCUGUGGACUCAAUGCAAUCAGACAGGAGCACCUUUUCCAAACCGUGUACUUCGACAAACAACCACAGCUAUAAAAGCAGACCCCCUGCCAACACAGGAACCAGCCAUGGCGCUGCGCCCACGUGCUUCCUCUCAGCCGGGAAAGCCUUCCUUCUUUCUUCCCAAGGUGGCUACAGGCGCUCGACCACGGGCUGUUUCCUCACGCCCUGGCUCCAUGCUAGAAGAGGAACUGUCUUGUUCUGUAUGCUGUGAGAUCUUUAAGGACCCCGUGGUGCUCAAGUGCAGCCACAGCUUCUGCCGAGCCUGUCUUCAGCAGUUCUGGAACAAGAAGAAGGCCAGACGUGAGUGUCCCAUCUGCAGGAGGAAGUGUUCCUUGACAGAGCCCACGGUCAGCCUGGCACUGAAGAACGUGGCCGACACCUUCCUGAGGGAGCAGGAUCGCGGGACGGCAGGAAAAGGGGAGGGGGCCCAUUGGCCUGUAGAGCAGGGGGGUAUGGUGGAGGUGAAGUGCAUCACACACGGGGAAGUUCUCAAGCUCUUCUGUCUGGAUGACUUUGAACCCCUCUGCUGUGUGUGUCACACUUCCAAAAAGCACCAUGGACACAAAGUGUGCCCCUUGGAAGAGGGAGCACAGGACCUCAAGGCAGAGCUGAAAAAAGAUCUGAUUCCUCUGAAGAAAAACCUGCGUAGCCUGUAUGAAGCCAAGCAGGAGUGUGAUGACACAACUGUGCACAUCAAGGACCAGACUGAGGCCACAGAAAAGCAGGUGAAAAAGGAGUUUGAGCAGCUGCGGGAGUUCCUGAAGAAGGAAGAGACAGCUCGACUUGCUGCCCUGCAGCAGGAGGCCGAGGAGAAGAGAGAGCUGGUGAGGAGAAGGUCAGAAAACAUCACCAGAAGUAUCCUCACCUUCUCUCACACUGUCAUUGCCAUUGAGAAUGAGAUUGCUUCCAGUGACGCUCUCUUCGUUAAGAAUUACAGCAACACAAAGAAAAGAGCACAGAUCCCACUGAAUGAUCCAGAAAAAGUGUCAGGUGCUCUUAUAAAUGUGGCCAAGCAUGUCGGUUCCCUUAAGUACCAUGUGUGGGAGAAGAUGACAGCACUGGUUCAGUACACACCCAUCACACUGGACCCCAACACUGCCUACCCGUGGUUGUCCCUCUCCCCAGACCUCACCAGUGUCACCAAUAGUGGAUGCCUCCAGAAGCUCCCGGACAAUCCUGAACGUUUCGGCCACUUUGUGUUCCUGCUGGGCUCGGAGGGCUUCACUUCAGGACGUCACGCCUGGGAGGUGGAGGUGGGAGACAAGGCAGACUGGAUGCUCGGGGUGGUCAAGGAGUCAAUCGACAGGAAAGGCCGCAUCUCGGGCUGUCCCGAGGGCGGCUUUUGGAUGAUCUCACACUGCGAUGGCGACUAUUUGGCUAUGACGAGGCCCAACAACCCGCUGCAUGUGCAGGGAGAGCUGACCCGAGUCAGGGUGCAGCUGGACUACGAGUCUGGAGAGGUGACCUUCUCCAACCCUAUCAGCAUGCUGCCCAUCUACACCUUCACUGACUUCUUCACUGAGAAGAUAUACCCUUUCUUCUGCCCUGGAGCCAACAUCAACGGGAAUAAUCCCAAACCACUUAAGAUCUGCCCCGCCAAUGUGGCUGUAUGGAACAGUGCCACGUGGUGAUUUGAAGAA